ACUACUGACGACUCUGGCUCUCGUUUCUUUUCCUGCUGAGAUCAACACCCACUCGCCCACGAUCGUUCAUCGCCCUUCACGCCCCUCCCCCGCCCUCCCCGCGAAGUCGCUUCGCACCACCGCCCACACCUAGAAGUCAUGGAUCAAGAUCCAAACCCACACGUCGUCCAGGACACGGAUAUGUCCAUGUGGGAUGACCCUUCCUUCUCCAAUCUCUACGAUAACCUCGGCGCCGCCGCCGAAUCGCCCUUCGAUGGCGCUCGUCUGUUCGACAUGUCGGCCGCGACCGUGCAAGCCGACAGCCCCAGCUACCACAUCAAGACCGACGACGGCCAACACGCGCAUUCGCACCAGCCAUACAAUUCACGAUCGCUUAUUUCGUCGCGCUCGGCCGAAAGCUCGUCACAAGACUCGUCUUCCGAGACGAGUGGCAGAAAGCGCAAGAACACUUCGGCCACUUCCGAGUCUCCGCCCGGAAACUUCGACGCUAUCAAGCUCGAGCAGCAGCGAUCGCUGAUGCAUUCGCAUGCCGGUAGCACCACCAAUAUGGCUUCGCUACACUCCCUACACAACCUCUCAUUGGAGCAGGACUUUGCCAACCAAUUUGGUAGCGCUGCAAGUAGUCCUGGUGGCCAGCCUAUGGACUUGAUUGACCGUACCUACUCUCAGCACCAAUAUAUCAAGGCCGAACCACCGGCUGGAACCGUCGAGCCCUCAAACUUCUUCUUUGGUUCGAGUACCGCAUCCCCGGCCUCUGUCAAGGCAUCCCAGACCCAAGAAGCCUCCCCGGGAGCCAUGUUCAACAAUCCGACGCCCUCGUCUGAUGGGACAGACAUGUUUAACGCCAACCAGAUGUGGAACAACUCUGCUCAGAACCCGGCAUGGAACACAGACUAUGCCCACGCCUUCGCGUCACCCGGCGCUCUCGCCAUGACACCCUCGCCUGUCCUGAAUGCUCCCAAGCCAGAGCUUCCCAAGGCGCCCACGGCACAAGGUGACCGCAUUCCUCUGAACAUCGCUCCCAUUCCAGCAAAAUCUCGAGUCGAGACUCAAAUCAACAUCCGCUUGACCAUGGACUAUCUGCCGCCACGCGUCAAGAUGCUGCACCUGCCGACUCAUACCAUCGCAAAGGCCAAAUUGCUGGCCAAGGAAGUGCACCUGGCCGAGGACACGCUCGAGCUAUAUACAAUGCUCGUGUGUACCAGCGCCAUGAACCAACCGCAUUUGCGCGAGAAGGCUAUGAAUCGAGCAGCGCUGCAGGACAAUGCUCACAUCCAAGUGCGUGGCCAGGGAGCAAGCAAAAAGGCAGGCGAGGAAGAAGUAGACGAAAACGACAAGCCGGCAAAUGGUGGAGAGGUGCGCAUAUGCAGCAAUUGCAUAAAUCGCGAACGCAAGAGGGCCGCACGCAAGAAGCUGAAGAAGGAGGAAGAGCAAGCACAUUGGGAGAAAUACGAGACUGAACGCGUCAUUGUCUUCAACACCAAUGAAUACAAGCCAUGGCAAGACUGGCAGCAGUCUCCGGCACCGAAGGACAACAAUGUCCAAGCUUCGGACUUCUUCCACCCACCAGAGACUGCGAUGCAAGUCGUGGCACCCAUGCGUAUUGCUUGCUACUGCCGUCACCAGAACGAAAAGGAUGGCUUCCAAGUCAUCUUCACCAUCAAAGACAAUAAAGGCAACGUCGUGGCCCAGGAUAUCUCCGAUUCGAUUCUCAUCACCGACGACCACAAGACGCACCCCAUGGCGAGUGUGCCUGGCCAAGCGUGGUAUGACGGCCAAUUCCCUGCCCAGGCUCCCUUUACUUCACACUCGAUGGUCGAUUUGCACUCCCACAUGCCUGCCAUGUCUGUGUCCAAAUCAACAGGCAAUCUCCAAAGUCUUGGCUAUGGCGCCCAAAACUUCCACCAGCCCUCUAACAUGCAUAUGCAAAAUUUCCCGCCAUCACAGGCUACAACUCCUGGAACAAUGACACCACGUAACCUCUCUCGUCCAGGCUCUCCCAACAGCGCUGGUCAAGCGGGUCCUAGUAAGAAACGCAAGUCAUCGUCCGCCCACAGAAGGAUUCCUAGCACGCUUACCAUGACCAAAAUGGAAAAUCAGCAGAUGGCUCAACCCACUGCACAAGCGCCAUUCUCACCCACAAGUGCUGGGUUCCUUAGUGGCAACAACGACCCGUCUUAUAUCACCAUGCCACACUCAGCAUCGCGCGCUCACUUUCACACGGGACCGUCCACUCCCAUUGAGACCACUACAUUCCCGUUUUCUGCACUCAACCGAACAAACAGCAUGGAUGGUGCUGCAUAUCAGGCCUUUUACUCCGCUCCCAGCUCUGCUCACCAAAGCCGGGCACCAAGUCCAGUGCUUGUCGGACCCAACUUGGCGGCUUUCCAAAGACAGCAGGCGCAUGGUGGAGCCAGCGCCAUGCCAAACCGUCAGAACCCGUUUGCCAUGUCAAACUCGGCGAUGCCAAAUGCCAUGUCUGAGCCGGAUCGAACGCAUCCCAUAAUCAACAAGGUGACGCCAUCUGAAGGUCCGCCAUCAGGCGGCACUGAGGUCUCAGUGUAUGGCAGCGGAUUUGCUCCUGGAAUGGAGGUGAUGUUCGGUGAUCAAGUCGCAACAGCUACCACCUACUGGGGCGAGAAGGCCCUUUGCUGCGUUCUUCCCCCGGGCCAAAACGGGAUCGUGCCCGUGGCGAUUGCUCCAUCGCCCAUGCGACAAUACUCAGCGCCCCCACCUGGCCAAACACAAGUCUUCAACUAUGUAGGCAAGACUUCAGAGAUGCAGACAAUGGAAAUGGCCCUACGCUACUACAGUCAGAAAGAGACAGGCCGUGCCGAUCAGUGGCAGGCUCUGGCACAAGGCGCAGCGAAUGCCUGGAUGUCGCAAGGGUCUGCUGCCGCAUCUGGUCUGCAGACACCACAAGGAGCGCCAUUCGAAGGCUCAAUUGCAGAUAUGCGAUAUGCAUAGAUCGACCACCAAAGAGGAUUAUGUUGGUGCAAAGUCGAGAUGGAGGUGAAGCGAGCUACCUCAGAAGUCUCGCACAGCCAACUUCCGGCAUAAGUCCUCAGCAGAGGUGCCAAUCGACUCGUUCGCCAUACGGCCAACUAUGCGAAGGUGUGAAUAUGUACAUACGACAUCCACCUUUUUCG